AUGGUCGCUCGUAUCCCGUACCCGACCACGCUCCCCAAGUACUACGCUGUGGCCAGUGAAGUGGCCACAAUGGAGUUCCUCCGUUCCUCUGGGCUGCCUGUUCCACAAGUGUACGGUUACUCGCCUGUGUCGGACAACACGGCGAAGACUGAAUAUAUUUUCAUGGAAUUUGUGAGAGGUACGAAACUCAGUGAUGUAUGGCUGGAGCUGGGGGAAUCGGAUAUCGUUUCAAUCUUGCGCCAACUUGUUCAGCUCGAGUCUCAACUGAUGUCAAUUUCUUUCCCCGCUGGUGGAAGCCUCUACUACACCCACGACCUGGAGAAGUUGGCCGGGAGGGCGGCCAUUCCGCUCAAGGACGAGCGGUUUUGCGUUGGUCCAGAUACGAGACUGCCUAUGUGGCACCGGGGACCGUGUACGCCGCUUUCUGCCUUUUUUUAUUACGCCCUUGAACCAGCCGAUUACUACAGACGAAAGCGAGCCCGCAAGGAAUUGGCUUAUCUCGAGCAGUUCGGUCGACCGCUCCUGCCGUUCCGCCGCGAGAGGAGGGAUGGUUACCAGUAUCAGGAGCAGUCGCCGUCGGCCCACGUCGAGAACUUGAAGCGCUAUCUUCUCAUCGCAUCAUCACUCGUCCUUAAGGACCCCGUUCUCGGUCGUUUCUGCAUCCGCCAUCCAGACCUUCAGCAGAGCAAUAUCGUCGUUCGGAGGUCGUCCGACUCUGGCUGGCAAGUCGUCGGCCUGCUCGACUGGCAACAUGCUUCCAUCCUGCCCCUGUUUCUCCUUGCCGGCGUACCCGAGCGCCUCCAGAACUAUGAUGAUCCUGUCUCGCAAUCGAUAACGCCGCCUUCGCUACCGGAGAACUUCGACGAGUUGGACGAAACCGAGCGAACCGAAGCGGAGGGAGUCUACCGUUGUCGCCUCGACCAUUACCAUUACAUCAAGAACACGGAGGAGUACAACAAGCCCCAUUACGAUGUCUUGAUGGACUCCAUGUGUGCGCUCCGCAGCCGCCUCUUCGACCACGCCGGCAGCCCGUGGGAGGGCGACACCCUUGAUCUGAAGGUCGCGCUCAUACGAGCAACGGAGAGGUGGGAGACGCUUACGGGGGAAGGCGCGCCGUGUCCGGUCACAUUCGACGCCGACGACGUACGCGAGACGAGGAAGCUGAAUGAACUACAGGAAAAAACAGACAGGGCUUUCGAGGUGUGGCAGAACAUAUUCGGCCUCGGGCCGGAUGGCUGGGUGCCCACCCAGCAUUACGAGGAGGCCGUGGCACUCUGCAAGCAGGCGAAGGAAGAGGCGUUGACGGAGGCCACGUCGGAGGAGGAACGUGCGGAGAUCAUGGCGCACUGGCCCUGGGACGAUAUGGACGAAGGGGAAUAUAUGUAA